GCCCAGCCUGUUAGUAGACUUACUGUGGCUCAGUCUUUAGGCUUGCUUUUCUCUUCAGACUUUGCUGAUUUGUUGAAAAAGAUUACUGCGUGUUUGUUGGAGUUCAGGGGAGGCAGAUGUCAGUCCUUGUUAAAGCUCUGGAUGACAUAAAGCAGAGGAAAUGCGGAGCAAGGCCAACGCUGGACGGACCCUCACUUGGAUUCUUCAAGCACCAUCAGAGAGACGGGAGUUAUUCAAAGAGCCGUGAAGAGGAAAUGUUAACGGAGAGAAACAGAGAGAAGAGGAUCGGUGCCUUCUGAGCAGUGAGCUAGCUUUCAGGGUAAUGAGCAAUGUGUGAACUUGUUAACUAGGCCUAUUCUCUUUGACCUUAAUUUAAACUGAGGAUUAGCCAUCUCAUCAGAGUUCUUGGUGAAAAGCCAAGGCUUGUUUUGCCUCGAGCAAACUCAAAAGAAGGAUUGGGAAAGAAACUAGCUGCUCAUUCCCUCGGAGAAAGCUUUUGCAUAUUUCCUUUGGCAAGGAACGUGAAGCGAUUAAAAAGCUAAUUUAUUUGGACCGACUUCAAGAAAAGAAAAAACACACCGCAUUUACAUUUAUUGCCAUAAUGGAUUUGGAUCAGUUGUAUGGCUCAGCCCAGGAGCAUGCUGUUUAUCUACCUGAAUUCAGCUCAUCAAAGGAUCCAAGAACUUAUUGAUAAUCUCCGUUUUCUCAAGCAAUGGAGCUCCGUAAGAGAGCAAAGCUGAGCAAACUGCAACAUAAUUCAGGCCUCUCACAGGAUGCAGCAGCUGAAGGGAGAUGCAGCAGUGACAUGAUGUCGGGGACAAAACGGUCUGAUGCCUCACAGGAGGGCAUUAAGCAGGUCUCUCUGCAUGAAGGAUCCGGUACUUGUUCCGGUUCAGGCAUUCUUCCCCGGUGGCCUUGGCGACAGCGUGUUUCCAUGGCAGCCGGGCUGUUAUUAGCGGGGCUGCUGGCACUGACUCAGGCCUGGUGUGUCAAUGCCAUACACGAGAAUCUGCUGUGGUUCUCUCAGCUCACGGAAGUGGAGCGGGAGAUCUCAUUUCGGACAGAGUGUGGACUGUACUACUCCUACUACAAGCAAAUGCUGCAGGCCCCCUCCAUACAGGAAGGGCUCUCCGAUUUGAUCCAUGACAACUUGACAGAAUCCAAGAGGACCAUUAAUCUCCUGCAGCGAAUGAAUAUCUACCAGGAGGUCUUCCUCAGUAUUCUAUACAGAGUACUGCCCAUACAGUCAUAUCUGGAGCCUGUGUAUUUCUACAUUUACACAGUGUUCUCGCUCCAAGCGGUGUAUGUGAUCGCUCUGUACCUCACAGCAUGGCUCCUGUCUGGUUCCUGGCUGGCUGGUGGGCUCACUGGGGUCUGGUACAUCCUCAACAGGGUAGAUACAACUCGUGUGGAGUUCACCAUCUCCCUGAGAGAGAACUGGUCUUUACCCUUCCUAGCGCUGCAGGUCGCCGCCAUCACCUGUUACCUCAGGCCUCAGCUCACCGGCUUACAGCAGAAGGUGAUGGUGUGGUUAAUGUACGUGACGACGUUCUGUUUCUGCCUGACGUGGCAGUUCAACCAGUUUAUCCUGCUUGUUCAGGCUCUCAUCGUAUACACCCUGGACUGUGUCGACUUCUUAACAACUGUACAGGUGACCACUCUGUACCUGGUUCAAGUGAGCAGUCUGCUGACUGUGUGGCUCCUCCAGUUCUGUAACUCCAUGAUACUGGGAUCACUGGUCCUGAGCUUCAUCGUGGCUGCACUCUUCAUCAGACACUGCCAGUCCGGUCUGAAGACAGGAGGCCUGCUGGUUCGUCUGGGCAAACUGGUUCUCCACAGCACCAUGGUUCUCCUCCUCACCCUCACCAUCAACUACCUGGCCAAGAAAGCACUUCAGCUCAGAUCAGACGAACACAUCUUUAAAUUCAUCAAGUCAAAGUUUGCCUUGGGGCCCACGAGGGAUUUCGAUGCCAAUCUGUAUCUGUGUGAGGAGGCCUUUGGCCUACUGCCCCUUGACACACUGGAGCGUCUGGCUGGCACCCUGCUGCUGUACCCCUACAUCCUCUCACUGCUGCUGCUCAGCGGCAUGUUGGCAGUGGCUGCACUGCAGAACCUGAGCAGACCCAGAGGAGGUUCAGCUGAGGAGAGGAAAGGAGCUGCAGAUGGGCGAGUGGUGGCUCUCCGUCCAGAUGUGGCCUAUAAUCUAUUGCAUACACUGUUCUAUGGCCUCCUGGCUUUCAGCACUAUGAGGAUGAAGUAUAUCUGGACUGGCCACAUGUGUGCAGUCGCGGCCUACGGUGUGUUUGGAAAGGAGUUGUGGACUCUUGUUCUCAACACUUUCAGCUGCAACACUAAAGUUCUGUUAAGGCUCGUCAGAUACGCAGUUCCACUGUUGAUGAUCGGUUGCCUGUAUUACAAGUUCUGGCCCAAGCUGAUGGAAGAGUUAUCAGAACUGAGGGAGUUUUAUGAUCCAGACACUGUGGAGCUCAUGACCUGGAUUAGCACAAAGACCCCUAAGCGGGCCGUAUUUGCAGGCAGCAUGCAGCUGCUGGCUGGCAUCAAGCUGUGCACAGGCAGAGUCCUCACCAACCACCCCCAUUAUGAAGAUAAAGAGCUGCGGGAGAGGACCAAACAGGUGUAUCAGGUGUAUGCUCGCCAGUCCCCAGAGGACGUCCAUGACAUCCUGAGGGCCAUCGGGGCCGACUAUGUGGUACUGGAAAACAGCAUCUGUUACGAGCGGAGGCACCGGCGGGGCUGCAGACUGAGGGACCUGCUCGACCUGGCCAACGGACAUAUCAUGGACGGACCAGGAGAGAAUGACCCAGACCUUGUCCCUGCCUCCCACCCUCGAUUCUGUGAGGCCAUCAAGACAGACACAGCAGCUUACACUGCUCUGUUCACCAGGACAUUCCAGAACAAAACCUUCCAUGUGUACCGGAUCAAGAAGAAACGCAAGAAAAGUGCCAAGAGCUCGACAGAGCCCAGCGCGACUCAGUAGCAGGAACAGGGUUGCAAGAACCCCCCCACCCCCACCCCCCCCCCUCCCGCCAGAGGCCAGAGGGGAGAGACAUGGAGGAGAAGAAGAGAUAAAAGCACUGAGUCCUCACUGUUCCUCUGUCUCCUCUGCACUGUGCCCAGCUGUGAUCAUGCCCAUUAUUUUUUUAAUACAUCGCUCUGUGAACUGUGGUGUUAGAGCAGUGUGCCGGUUCAAGCUUGGGGCUGCAUUGUUUUAGUUAGUGGAGUGUGGAAGCACCUAUAUGAGUGCUGCUUUGGGCUAUUCUGUGUUCUACCACCCACCCUGCCCUUCUCCCAGCUCUCACUGGUGCAGAAAAACAGACACAGAAAUGACUUUAAGGCCUGUGAUCAGCAUCUGGAGCACCACAAGCAACUACUAAUCAAUUACUUUCAUUUGUAUAAAUCAUUUCUGCUCAUCAUCUGGAGAUGAACGGUCACUGCUACUUCCAAAUACAGUAUUUACAAUUAUUGUUUUCUUCUCAUGCAGGGUAGACCCCAGGUUCAGUAACAUUAAUCAAAUUUACAUCAAAUCAAAAUUUUUCUUUUAACACAUUUAAGUAACACAAGUGAUAAAUAAAUUGAAGUCAAAAGUUAAAACUUGACAUUCAAUACUCAAUACAUAAAACAAGCAUUUACAGAAUUACAGUGCAUUACAUACUGGAUUAUUGCUAUUAAGCUCUUCUUUGCUAAUGAAAAAAGGGAGACAAAACUAAAGAUUUGAUGAAAUUACUAAAUCUAGGUACUUUUAGAGUUUUUCUUUUACAAACAUUGUACAACAAGUUGCCAAUGCAAAUCUGACUUAUAUCUGUCAUGAAGUUUUUUUUAUCAGAACUUGAUAAACAAGCAAACUUUAUGAAUGUGCCAUAUUUGAAUAGUGUUGGUUAAAACAGCAAUGGGCUCUUUUUAUAUACCCCCAAUUUUUUAUUUUUUUUUUUUGAAGAUCUAACUGGAACUACCCAGAAAAAAUAUUUCUUGCAUCGACUAAACCGUUCCAACUCGUGGUCAACAAGCUUUUUUUAAUAGCUUUCAACUGCAUUUGUGGAUUGCUCUGUUGUCAAGGAAAUUGGCACAGCAAAUUCAUGAAUUUAUCUGCAUGGCUUUACAAAAGAUUUGGUUAGAGAUGCUUGGUGCUUCAGCGACUACUUGAAGGGCUAGUUUCUCUUGCUGGUAAGCUACCCAUUAACAGGUUCGCCAGCUGAGACAUGCUAGCAUGACUUAGUCACAAUAGCUCACAGAGAUUCUUUUUAUGUUUUUCUGUACUGUGCUGUGGCAUUCUGUUCUCGGUUUUGUACAGAAAUUCAUUCAAUGAAGAGUUUAAUUAAAGUGGGGGAGGGGGACUUGUAAUGAAGCUUUUUAAUUGCCCAGGUAGCUUGGUUGCUUACCAUUCCUUUUUCAUGGAGCUGUUUACACUCAAAAUAGGUGUUAAAGUGCAUGGUGCCAAACAGCUAAUAAGCUACAAGAGCUCCUUCCAUUUGUGACUCUUUGGCUCUUUGUUCAUCCAGAGUUUGGCACUGUAAGGCACACAUUUGUGACUCAAGUUCACCAGAGUAGAAAUUAAAAAAUUCACAUGAAUUUACCUUACUUCUGCAAGCAAAGUGACUAUUGGUGUGGCUGGGCUUUUGUGAUGUCAUCCACAGAUGCUAGUGGUAAAUGGCAAACCCUAGCAAACACAGAGAUGUUGAAUGUUGUUUGAGCGUCCAAUCAAGACGUCCUGUUUUGGUUCAAAAAUAGUUACAAAAUUAAAAUUGUGCCAUCAUCCAUGGAUAUUACCUGACCAUUAGCUGGCGUAUGACAUUGACACGAAAGGGCCUAUUGAGCUGUUAGGUUUAAGUUAGGUACGCAUUCAACCGCUUAAUACAUCCUAUGAACUGAAAAUAAAAAGUCAAUUGAGUAUAAAAAUAAUACGCCAGUGUUGACUCAAACAGGACACAAACCCCAGUCUCCAGGGGUAAAGUCCUGUGCUUAAUGGAUUCAUCCACCACUUUUUGUUCUUAACACUACAUCACCUGACUUUCUGGCUGUUUAUCUUUGAGAAUUUCUGUGUUUUUUCUUUCAAAUUCAUGACUUAAUAGACUGAAUCACUGUGAUGUCACGCUAACAACAACAAUCACUCCCAGGUAGACAACUGGGAUUGUUUUGAAUUGCAGAGAUAUGUGAAAUCGGCAGACUUUUGCAUUUCUGUUUCCAUUUUCAGCUGUAACUGUAACAUGUAAAGAUAUAUAGGUAAACAUGGUGGUGUGAUAAAUGUGACAUUGCUGCUGUGCUUAUUUUAGGUAGUUUGUUGCUUCGCUUUCAUCUUCGAUAUACCAAAUCUACUAGCACACUAGCUUAACAAAGUACAGCUGUGGACAGGGCUGUAGUAAAAUGUAUUUUAGCAAUCUAAAACACACAUCAGUGUAAUUGUACGCUAUAUUUGAACAUUUGCUUCACUUUACCUUACACACUAACUGAUCAUGGCCGCUGUAGACCAGCUACUCAGUGUUAUACUGAGUAAAAUUAUGUUUUUGUCAGUGGCGUUUGGCAACUUCAAUUCAUACUUUGAAAAGGCUGUCUAACAGCAAGGUAAAGCUGUGAAAAUAUUUUAAAUAUUGCGUACACGUAAGCUGUUAUUGACCUUAUGUUUUGGUGGGCAUUUUUUUAGCGGGCUAGUUAAGGCAGUGUAUGCAACACAAUUAUUUUCUACCUGGAAGUUGUUGUAAAUAAGCAUUGUGAUUCGCUCUAUAAUAUCAGAGUAUUCAAGGUAUUUACAUGUAAAUUUGUGAGUUUGAUCUUCGAGAUUCUAAGUUUUUUCCCUAGCUCUGUAUUUUUUGUUUUUAUUUUUGUUUUGUUUUUAAUCUACGAUGGCCCUAAUUUGCCGUAAUACUCUUGACCUUGAAAAUUGUUGUGAUCCCAACUCAAGGUCCACUUACUAGCUUUCUGCAGAGCUUUCAACCACAUCACACAGCCCACUAAAAGUGCUUAGGAUGUACCAGAUCCAUCACCAUGAUAACUUAGCAAAUUCCACCCACUGAUGAUGACUGUAUUUUUGGUUGAAAGCUUCAAAAAAAGAAAAAAGAAAAAAAAAGAAAGGAACUUGAGUUGGGCAUGUAUGGUUAAACUACUAUUUCCAGGGUCAGACAUUAUUGUUCCAUAUUGCUUUUUAGAGAAGUUUUUUUUUUGUUUUUAAGUACAUUACUCGCCGAAAACUUGAUGGUGUGCUGAUGUCCUAUGUGCAGCUAGUGGAAUAAAAAGACAGCUGGGGGUCUUACCAGCUGUUGUAUCUGUGAGGGAAA